CGCGAACACGUGUGAUUGGCAGUCGGGUCGGGCUGGGUUUCCGCUGCCGGGCGGGGGUGGUGGCGGACCCCAAGCGGCCCGAGGGAGCCGGCAGGAUGGAGCGGCCGGAGCAGGGCCUCGGGGAACCGGACUCCCACCCCCGCGCCAACGGCUGCAGCCUGACGGGAUACGGGGCGCUACGGAACGGAUACGUGCGGGGCCUGCCCGAGACCGAGAUUCAUCACAUUGCCCACAAUGGAGGAUUAUAUAAAAGACCCUUUAAUGAAGCUUUUGAGGAAACACCAAUGCUGGUUGCUGUGCUGACGUACGUGGGUUACGGUGUCCUCACCCUUUUUGGAUAUCUGCGAGACUUUCUGCGACAGUGGAAGAUUGAGAAGUGUAACCAUGCAUCAGAGAGAGAGGAACAGAAGGACUUUGUCCCAUUGUAUCAGGACUUCGAAAACUUCUACACAAGGAACCUCUACAUGCGCAUUCGAGACAGCUGGAACAGACCAAUCUGCAGUGUGCCUGGGGCCAAAGUGGACAUGAUGGAGAGACUUUCCCAUGACUACAAUUGGACAUUUACGUACACAGGGAGAGUGAUAAAAGACGUUAUUAACAUGGGUUCCUACAACUAUCUUGGAUUUGCUCAGAACACUGGAAUUUGCAAAGAAGCAGCAGCUAAAGUACUGACACAGUAUGGAGCUGGGGUAUGCAGCACUAGGCAGGAAAUGGGAAAUCUGGACAAGCAUGAGGAGCUGGAAAAACUAGUGGCCAGGUUCCUGGGUGUGGAGGCUGCAAUGACGUAUGGGAUGGGGUUUUCAACCAACUCAAUGAACAUUCCUGCUUUAGUUGGCAAGGGCUGUCUGAUACUGAGCGAUGAGCUGAAUCAUGCAUCAUUAGUGCUUGGAGCAAGACUGUCAGGAGCAACUAUUCGAAUCUUCAAGCACAACAAUAUGCAGAGCCUGGAGAAACUGCUCAGAGAUGCCAUUGUACAUGGGCAACCUCGCACCCGCAGGCCCUGGAAAAAAAUCCUCAUUCUGGUGGAGGGAAUUUACAGCAUGGAGGGUUCCAUAGUCCGCCUGCCUGAAGUGAUUGCCCUCAAGAAGAAGUACAAGUCAUACCUGUACCUGGACGAGGCUCACAGUAUAGGUGCCCUGGGUCUCACUGGCCGGGGUGUGGUGGAGUAUUUUGGACUUAACCCUGAGGAUGUUGAUGUUAUGAUGGGAACGUUCACCAAGAGCUUUGGAGCUGCUGGAGGAUACAUCGGAGGCAAGAAGGAGCUGAUUGACUACCUCCGUACCCAUUCUCAUAGUGCAGUGUAUGCCACGUCACUGUCACCACCUGUUAUGGAGCAAAUCCUCACCUCCAUGAAGUGCAUUAUGGGUGAAGAUGGCACAACUUUUGGCAAGGAAUGUGUGCAGCAGUUGGCAGAGAACACCAGGUAUUUCAGGAGGCGGCUGAAGGAGAUGGGCUUUAUCAUCUAUGGAAACGAAGAUUCCCCGGUUGUUCCUUUGAUGCUGUACAUGCCAGCAAAAAUUGGUGCAUUUGGGCGAGAGAUGCUGAAGCGAAACAUUGGUGUCGUGGUUGUGGGUUUCCCUGCCACCCCAAUCAUCGAAUCCAGAGCCAGAUUCUGUGUGUCUGCAGCUCAUACCAAAGAGAUACUUGAUAUUGUUUUAAAGGAAUUAGAUGAAGUUGCGGACCUCUUGCAACUGAAGUAUUCUCGUCACCGGUUGGUGCCUCUCUUGGACCGGCCUUUUGAUGAGACUACAUAUGAAGAAACAGAAGACUGAACUCCCUCCACAUGCCUUGGGGCACUCCCACGAGAUACUCUGUGGCGCACAGGCCACGCGGUCCUUGAACCACACACUUCUGACUGCUUAGCAUAAAAAGGACAUUUUUUCACAAUGCUGAAGUAGCCACAUCAUCUCUAAAUGGCAUUUUGUAAAUAGUAAAACAGCUUUGAUUCUUGUCUCUUCAGGGUAGGACCCUAGAGAGAUGCUUGACUUUUUUUUCUUGUUGCUUUUUUAAUUAUUUAUUUGUCACCGUGAAAUCACAGUGACCCUAGUUGGCACAGAUGCCCCAUAUACACUACUAGUCUCAGGAGUGCCAGCUGAAAUGUCGUGUCUGCAGCACGGCACUGUUGUGGCAGUACUUCCAAUUUCACUGUUAGGCAUCUAACUUUGCCAGGGAGUGAUGGGCUGGCCAGUUUGUUCAAUGAAGACCUCCUAGAGAAACUGUUGAUAACUUGUUUAUUCUUUUAACAAGAUCGAUAAUCAACCAAAGCUGCUUUUCCUUUUGCAUUUACUUAUGUCUAAAAGCUGAGUUGUCUUUUUUUAAAUAAUAAACCUGUUGCUGACAUGUCACUGACA